AUGUCCACCUCGGAAAUAACAAUGAAAUCGUCAAUUUCACCCCGCUUCCUCUCCUCUCUGUUCGCAUCACUAUCCUCCUCUCCUUCAGCACCUCUUUCAAUCGCAUCGAAUAAUUUACAAACCCAACAAUGGCAUUUGCACCGCAUACUCCGUAGCGACAAUCCAGCCGACAUCAACGGCGAAUUAAACGGAAUAGCAACCUUUCAUCCAUUACAGCAUACAUCUUCCGAAGAUGCGACCGCGUAUACACAAAUGGUAUACAAGGAAGAAGGAGAAAUGCCCAGUAGUGUCAUGGGUAUGGCUGGGUUGAGGUGGACGAAAAAAUAUAUCUGGCGAUUGAACGGCGCCAAUGCCGCUGCUCCUACAGAGCAAGAAGAGAGUCCAGAAAUGGGCGGGAUUAGUGUCUGGUUCGUCAAAAUAAAAUCCAGCAAGGAGAAAGCUGAAAGAGGGGAUCAAGACGAGCCCGAUUAUUUGUUUCAUGAGUUCGACUUCAAUUAUCAACAGAAGCAACAACAAGAGCCCGAAAAUACAGAGGCAACGGAAAAGCCGAAAUUUGAACCACCCACGCCACCACCCCUUAUACUUCCACAUCUUAGAGAUAAAUAUCCAGAGACGGUCGUGAUCCAGGCAACAGGAGAUCAUCUUUGUAUCAAGGAUAUGUAUUAUACGGCCUACUCGUUUAGGGUUGUACCGGAAACGGGGGAUGUGUUGAGUUGGGCUAGUAGACAUGUUGUCAAGGGGCCGAAGAAGAACCAGGAUAUUUUGAAUCUUUAUUCUAUUCAAUGA